AUGGAGUCAGGAAAACGCCCCAUUGAGGCCCGCCAUCUCAGGUCGUUCGCCGAGGCUUAUCAAGUUUCAGAGGUUGAGCUCCUCGGCGCAGAUCAGCAGCCGCUUGACCUAGAGGUGAAAUUCCGUUCAGCCCCCGCCUCGACGGCAGCCGAUGCACAGGCCAAUGUGGCUCGCUUGCUCACGCGCCUGGCAAGCGGCACGCUGGAGCUCGAAACGCUGGUGUCGAGACAACCUGCGAAGCAGGACUACCCCGUGAUACGGCUGGACCGCGAUGACGGGUUAGAGCAGCAGGCCGAGGAUGCCGCCAUUGCACUCCGGCAGCGGCUGGGGCUCGGUAUCGGUCCCAUCUCAAACCUGCUGCAGAUGAUGGAGUCCGAACUCGGUGUGCGCAUUUUCGAGAGGCCGUUGCCCAGUGAAAUCAGUGGCGCAGUCGCCUACGACCCAUCGCACGGUGGUUUCAUCGUCUUGAACUCUAAGCAUCCCAUCGAACGGAGACGGCUGACCGCAGCGCAUGAAUGCGGGCAUCCCCUGCUGCGCAAACCCGGCGUGACGGUCCUGCGCGUUGGCGAUGAGGACUACGACCGCGAGGAACGGUUCUGCGACGCCUUCGCUCGCGCGUUGUUGAUGCCAGCAUCGGCGGUAAGGCGGAAGCACUCAGAGCUGCGAGACGUGUCGGGCAAGUUCACGGUGCGGCACAUCAUCACCAUGGCUCUGUACUUCAUCGUCUCGGUGGAGGCAAUGACGCGGCGCAUGGAGGGCCUAGGUCUCGUGCCCCGCGGCCUCUAUGACUCGCUCCGCGAGAAAGGGUUGACGUCGCAGCAGACCAAGUCAGUCAUGCAAGAGCUGGAGAGCGAACCGCCACCAGCUUUCACUCCGCGCACGUACUUCUUGGCUGGCGCUGCCGUCGAUAGAGACCUGCUUUCCGUCGAACAGGUGGCCCACAUGCUCGAUACGGACCUUGUGACGACGCGACGACUGCUCAGCAAGUUUUCGUCCGACGGAGAAGAUGUCCUUGAGUUUCAGCUCUGA